AUGUCAGUAAAUCUUCGGACCACGAUCGGUGAUAUCAAGAUUGAGGUAUUUUGCGAGGCUGUCCCAAAAACUGCUGAGAAUUUCCUCGCUCUGUGUGCUUCGAACGCCUACGAUGGCUCACAACUCCACCGUUCAAUCAAAGGAUUCAUGAUUCAAAUGGGCUCUCCUGCAGCUGGCGGCCCCAAAAUUAGCACCUCCAUCUGGGGCAGCAACUUCGAUGAUGAAAUUCGACCCUCACUACGGCACAACGCGCGUGGUAUCGUCAGCAUGGCAAAUAAGGGACCAAGCACAAAUGGCAGCCAAUUCUUCAUUCUGUAUGCGGCGGCACCGCAUUUGGAUGGGAAGAACACUGUGUUUGGGCACAUACUCGGGGAUGAGUCUAUGCGAGUGCUUGCUGAGCUAGAGGAAAGGGAAGUUGAUAAAAAGGGAAGGAUGAAAGAGUUGGUCAACAUUGAGGACAUCAAAAUCCAUGCAAAUCCUCUUGCAGGAUAG